AUGAACUCAAGUCAAAUAUGCCUAAGUUUGAGAGAUGAUCAAAGUUGGUUAACUCUUUGUUUGGACCUUUAUUUAAUUGUUCCUCUCCAGGAUUUGACCGCGGUAAGACUUCUUAGUGAGAAAACGAAGGAAAUAGCUGAGGUGGCGUACGCAAACUCCGUCCAAGGCCGUAUAGUUCCGUUAGCAGCUCUGCUCAUAGUAGCGCCGGAGAAGGUUAACGAAGGGGUUCUGGAGUUGCGAGACGCCGACACGGGAUCCAAAGAGAAGACGACCGUAUACGAAGGCGUGAUAAGAGAGGCCUUGUCCUUGGGCCGCCAACCGACGACGUCCAGAGCCGCCAAACGGAGCUGCUCCCCGUCCCAGGGCGAGAACGCCGAGAGGAGGAAGCUCUUGCUGCGCGAGAUAGAGUUGCUCCAUCUCUUCGGAGCGGUUGCCUCAAGCGGUUCUACGGACAGGAGGGAGACGUCGCCACUGAUCCUUGCAUGCCAGGCCGGAGAUGUGACCAUCAUCGAGCUACUUUUGAAGACAAACAUAGAUGUAAACGACAUUGAUGCUGAAGGAAACUCUGCUCUUCAUUGGUCCCUUAAGGCGUCUCCUCAGCAGAUGAAAAUUGUAUGGCUCCUUCUGAAGCAUGGUGCCCGAGUAAGCCAAAAGAAUAAAUUGGGGUUGACUGCUUUUCAUCUUGCUGCCGCUAAGGGCAACUCACAGGCACUUCAGGCCUUUCUAUUGGAAGACCCAGAUGCUAUCAACUACAAAACGGAAACGAAAGAAACUCCACUGUUUUUUGCAGUGAAGAAUGAACAUAUUGACUGUGCUGAGCUUCUUUUGCGAUGGGGAGCAAAUAGCGAAGUCCUCAAUUUGCGUAGACAGAGACCUAUAGACAUGGCAAAGUCUCAAGAUAUGCGGUUCAUGCUGAAUCCAACUAAUAUUAGCCACAUGAAUCGUGCUUCGCCUGUUCAACAGAAACGUAGUACUUGUUUUCAAGAUGAUGAGAUGAUUUCAGAAACCUGUGAUGCACUGCUAAUCAUGACAGAUGAAGAUACCACUACGGAUAGUAUCUGCUCAAGAACAAAGGCUGAGAUCUGUAAAUACUUUAGCUCUCCUCGUGGUUGCGUUAGAGGGGAUAAGUGCUUUUAUGCGCAUGGUGAAAAGAAGCUUCGGCAGAUGGAGCAGGGAACACAUCUGACUCAUUCUCCUGUUGUUGCAAAGGAACAUAGACGGAAAAUCUUUGUUGGAGGUCUCCCUCCUAUGUUGGACUCUGCAGACUCAUUGGCUAAAGCUUUUGAAGAACAAUUUGGUGCUGUAGAAGAUGCUAUAGUUAUGGGAAUUCAAGAAGGAGAUGAAAUAAAAUCUCGAGGAUUUGGCUUCGUCACCUUUAAACAAGAUAAAUCUGUUUCAACAGCUGUUGAAACACACUUUAUUAUUAUUAUGGGCAAGCAAGUUGAGAUUAAAAGCGUAAUCCCAAAAUGCCUUCUCACUGAAUCCCAGAAACUGUUAGCACAACAACAUCAGCCAAAACAGAAUAACCAAUAUGAACCUCAAGCAAAAAUACCCAGUGAUCAGAAGAUUACAGAAAAGUUUGAAGUUGAACGAAUGUCCUGGGUUGGUAGAUUAUGUCAGGGCCAACCAAAUACAUGUUCCAAUGAACUUCAAGAACACAUCAGCCCCAGCUUUGACAAAAGUAUGCCUGCAUGGCUCAGGAUUUUCGUGAAGUGGCUGCCGCGCCACUUACAUGAUCAAUCAACAUGUUUGAAUGAAGGAGAUCAAUAUGCUCUCUCAUCUCUUAAAGGUGAUUUCAGGGCAACAUUUGGCUUGGAACUAGAUCAUGCCUCUCUCGGCUACUCCAAGCUUAGUGACUUCAUGAAAUCUGUGCCUGAAAUUUGUCGCAUGCAGAUUGUCCCCAUAGGCAAAUGUGGACCUGCCACUCAUUUGGUCCUGCUGCCUAACUUUCCCAUGCCCCAUCGUCAAUUGCCUCAUACACUCGCAACGCCCUGCACGCCAUCUAGUGAUCCUGAUUCUAUUUCCAAACGUGUUCAGAACCUUUUUCAUGGGCAUCAAAAUGAUAGCUUCAUUGAUGGCAGCACUGAGGAGGCAAAACCAGCCCAUGAGUGCCCUGAAGAGAAUUCAGCUCAGAAUGAUACAUUGCCUGGUGUGCAUCUGAGGUUUCUUGAAUUCUUGAAGCCAGACCCUCUCUUCCAUGGUCGACCAUGGCUACAAAAUGUAAGUGAUGUUGAUGCAGAAGACGCUCAUGGUGAAAGAAGAGGGUGUAUAGAGGGGGUUAAAAAGAACCAUAGGCAUCAAAAGAGACAUUUGGUUUUGGAGGCCCUUUGCAGAAAAAGGAACAGCACAUCGGUUUUCUUUCUUGGCGACUUUGAUUUUUACAAAGAUUAUAAGACAAGCAUCAUGAAGAGGAAGUGCUUUGCGUGCAACCGACGUGAGAUGUUAUGGGCCAACUUUCCAUGCCGACAUUUGCUGUGGUGCGAUGAUUGUAAACUACAGGCCAUCUGGACGGCUGGCGCUUCUGAGCACAAAUGUGUGGUGUGUGAUGAGAAAGUACUGAAAAUUGGUUUACUACAAUCGCCUGAAUUUUGUCAGCGUGCAAGUCAUGGUCUCCCCAAUGUUGAGGAGUUCCCACCUUUCAAUCCUAAUCAUAUACGAAGUCCGUACAAGAAAAAGAAAUGUCCAUUGAUUGGUAUGUGAUGGACUUGUUGCAUUAAUCAGUGUCGAUCUCUGCGUAGCAGAGAAUAGAAUAUGCUUAAAACAGUAUAUGGGCAUCUUUUGUGUACGUGAAAUACGCCCGGAGAAGACAAAAUGACAGGGGAGAUUGGCAAAUUCAGUACGACUGUACAAACUUGUAUCCCCUCUCCAAAAUGUAAUCAUAGCUCUUUUGUGCUGAAAAAUACAGACCUCACAUUAAUAUGAGACUG